UCCCACAAUAUCUUCUUUCUAGCUCAUAACAGUCUCACUCUCUUCCAAAUAUGAUAAUUAUCUGAUCAAAAUCAAAACCCUAAUCUUCUUCCAUUAAAAUCAAUGGCAGCGCCAUUCAUCUCCAUGGCUGCUGCUACUACUUCUAUUUCUUCAGUUCGUCUUAUCCAUCGAAUUGUGAAUAUUACUCUGGAUUUCUCACCCAUAACCUUAAAAUCCAAAUUUACAGAAAUAAAACCCACAUUUCUAAAAUUCCAAACCCCAACUACCCGUUUGUCUACUCUCUCAAAUUCUAUCCAUUGCCAUGAUUCUACCUCUGUUAUCGACAGAAAACAUUACGAAAAUGAAGAAGAAGAUGAAGAUUAUGAAGAUGAAUUUUCAUAUGAUGAUGCAGACGACGACGAAGACCUGCCAAUACAAGAAAGCAGUAGAUUGUAUGUUGGAAAUUUGCCAUACUCAAUGACUGCUGCCCAAUUAACUGAUAUCUUCAAUCAGGCUGGCCAAGUUUCUGCUGUAGAGAUAGUUUAUGAUAGAGUAACAGACAGAAGUAGAGGAUUUGCUUUCGUGACAAUGGGGACUGCUGAACAGGCCAAAGAAGCUAUUAGGAUGUUUGCUGGAUCUCAAAUUGGAGGACGUACUGUGAAGGUUAACUUUCCAGAAGUUCCACGAGGAGGAGAGAUGGAGAUUAUGGGGCCAAAGAUUCAUAGAAGCAACAGAGGUUUUGUUGAAAGCCCUUACAAGAUCUAUGCUGGCAACCUUGCAUGGACCGUCAGUUCUGAAGGCUUGAAAGAUGCCUUUGCUAAUCAGCCUGGGCUAUUGUCUGCCAAGGUCAUCUAUGAUAGAGAUUCUGGCAAGGCAAGGGGAUUUGGGUUUGUCACAUUUUCUUCUGCACAAGAUGCACAAUCUGCGAUUGAUGCCUUGAACGGAGUGGAGGUUGAAGGGCGACCAUUAAGGUUAAAUCUGGCUGCAGAAAGGGCUAAAACUUUGGCUUCUCAAGUUGAAGAAACAAAAUCAGAAAGUGAUGCAGAGAUCCCUGAAAAUGCUAUGCAACCUCCCAUCAGCAUGAAUUGACUGAUAAACGUGAAUGAGUGGGAUAACAUGGAGAACUGUCAUGGUUCUCAACCUCUCAAGGAGAUGCUUAUAUAUCGGUGCUGAAGUCAUAAUUUCAGAUGGCAAUCCAAACAAAGGAUGGUGAUUAGAAUAGGGGGACAUUCUUCGGCAUCCUACUUGGAAGUGCUCGGGAGUAGUCUUGAGUUUUAAGAGAUGCAUCAUCUGUGUAAUAUUCUUGAUUGCAAAAAAAAAAAAAAAAAGUCCCCUCCUCUUCGUUUACUCAACUACUUUCAGUAUUAGACUAGUAGUAUAUUGCAUAUCCUGUAUAGAACGGAACUUAUUUGAAAAUGAUGAUUUUUCUUCAUCCUGAAA